UUACAUGCCUUUCUUUUAUUCUUCCUUUCUUUGAAACUAAUUUUAUUUUGUCUUGAUCUUCUCCGGGGGUCUUUCGAAGGAUGGUGAUGGCAAAAGGAAUGACAAUGAGGCUUUCCGGGAAAAAUACAAAGAUAUCCUCCAUUACGUCACUACUACUGAUUCAGAAGUCAUCGAAGAAGGCAUAUUAGAUGAAAUCGGAGAAAUUAUUGCUAAAAACUUAACUCCAGAGGCGGAGCCAAUGGAUGAGAUACCUACUCCCGGUACCUUCCAAGCUGAUAUGAUGUUUGUUCCUGAACAGUGGGCAGAGCUUUUCAACAUUCAGUUUACGAAGUCUAAUCGUGACGUCACUUAUGACGUAGGUCUGUCGGCGAGAAUAAAGAAAAGGACGGCAUUCGUAUCAUAUCAUGAGCAUUACUGGCCGCUUGGUAUCAUCCCGGUUCGUUUUAGCCUUGAUAACAGUGAGGAUAUAAAUGCAGCCAUCUCUGCCAUGGGACACUAUAGUGAAAAUACUUGUCUUCAAUUCGUGUAUUACACUAAGGAGGUGGGAGAGGCUUUAGGACACAAUACGUAUCUGGAUUUUGUCAGUGGGCUACAGGGAUGCUGGUCUUUUGUUGGACGCGUGGUCCCCACGAACCAAACUCUCUCUGUUGGCGAAGGAUGCGGACAGGUCGGAACGUUGGUGCACGAGAUCGGACACGCAAUCGGGUUACAUCACGAACAAUCUCGCCCUGACCGAGAUUUCUUCGUCGAGAUUGAGUUUGAACACAUUCGUGCUGAAGACAUGGUUAACUUUUAUAGAUAUCCGACCGGUGUAAUAGAAACUGCCAAUAUCCCGUACGAUGAAGCGUCCAUCAUGCACUAUGGGACAUUCGCUUUCUCCAAGGACGGUCUGCCGACGAUUAAAACUAAAAACCCAUUUAAGCAGGGACUUAUUGGCCAACGUGCAGGACUGUCCGAUUCUGACAUCAAAAUGAUCAACCUCAUGUACAACUGCUAGAAAAGGCCAGUUCGUAGUUCCACUCUGCGCAUGAUCAGAGGAAGGUCAUUAGUAGUAAAGUGGUGGUUAAAACUUUAAUGAGAUAAGCACCAACUUUGAUGUCUUAAGUA